AUGAACGGCGCGACCCCCCGCUUCUGGGGCGGCCCCCUCCGGUACUGCCGGUGGGCGGCGCGCGAGCGGCCGGGGCUCUUCUGGGCCGUCAUCAUCGGGGCGAUGGGCCCGCUGACGCUGGCGACGGUGCCGCCGAUCCGGCAUCGCAUCGGCGACCCGGAUGCGCCGCCUAUUCCGCUUACUUAUCCGGUUCCUGUUGGACCGAGGAAGACGUUGACGGGGUAUGGCGACGAGACGGAAUGA